GAUUAUAAUUUUUUAAAAGCUUGAUCCUAAUGUAUUUAGGUCAUUUACGAUCUUUUUUUUUUGUUUACUGCAAAAUUUAAAUUUUAGUGAUAAAGAAAAUAAUGAAAAAAAGUAUCUAAAUUAUGAAAGAAAAAUAAAAAACUAACCUGAGGACCCAACUUGAUGUCACCCACCAAUCUCCGACCACCAACUUCGGUGAGUCUCCAACAAACUUCAAAUAACCGUCACCAAUUAAUCUUGAAAAAGCUUAAUAAAAAUAUUUUUUGAGUUUAGGCUAAUAUUUGUAGAUUGUCGACCACUACCACCUCCCUCUAUUGAGGAACUUUCGAAAACAACUCUAGAGAUCGUUGCCAACCAACUUCUUGUCUCAACCGAUCAACAUUGAAAAUUUUCAAUAAAAAUAUUUUUAGGGUUUAGGCAUAUCUAACCAUCACUCCGUUGAUUCUAUCGACGAACUUCCGACAACCAACUCCAGUGACUGUCGCCACUAAUAAAUCUUGAAAUUUUUUGAUAAAAACGUCUUUGGUAUAUAUAAGAAAUGAAAGAAACUUGUAUAUACAAAUACUUUUAAAAAAGUUCUAAAACCGUGUUUGUUUUUAUUUUAGGAAAUUUUUAACAAGUGUGAUUAAAUAAAAAUGAAAAUUUUGAAAAAGUAUUUCUAAGUGAUUCCAAAUACACCUUUAGUUUAGUUAAAUUUAUUAAAUGAACAACCUAACUAACAAAAUUUAAUUAAAUCACAUAUCAAUUUCUAUAAAAUAUAUUACAAUAUAAAAUUGUAGAAGACAUGCAUCCCAACUAGUAAUAAACUUGUUUAUAUAAAUUAGUGGAAGAUACCAUCCAAAUUAUGUUUUCAAAAGAUAGUAUUUCAUGUACCUAACAUAUAUAUGUCAAAAAAUAAUAGUUAAGGAAAAAAACAUGAUAUAAUCCAAUAUUAUAAUAUUCUGCAUUCCAAACACACCCAACCCGGUAAAACAAGUUAUCGAUAAAAGGAUUAAUAACUGUUUAGUCAAAUUAACAAUUAAAAGAAUCAAAGUUCUAUAAUCAUCUUCUUUUCCAAUAUUUCAUUCUAUUCCUUUUGUAUAAUUAUUUCAAGCCUUCCUCAAUAUCAACAAUUUUCUCCCUUUAAGGCAACUAUUUUGCCUUUUGAGGACACGAAAAUUCCUCUUUUAUUAAAGUAGCUGAGUGAAGAGGGCAUCGCUUGCCUUAAGCAGCCACAGCCAGAAGUAGAGUAGCUCCACCAGACCACUAAAGCAUUCAAUUCCAAGUUUUUUUUUUUUAUUCUUCUUUUUAAAUCAAUUGAUAAAUCUUAAAGUUCAAAGUAUUAUGAUCAACUUUAACUAUAUGAUUACAUCACAUUUCCAAGUCCCUGUUUGUCUAUUAUUUUCGUUGAUGCCAAGAAAUGGAUCAACUGAAAAAUGGUAAAAUAGCUCCAGUAGAGCACUAGAGAAUGGGGUUUGGAAAAUAGUUUGAUAGAUUUGUAAGUACUAAGUAGAUUUCAGCAUACCUGGUUUAACAAGUUAUGGCCUCUUGUAUAGAUAAAAUUUUUAUUUUCUAACUGAAAUAGGAAAUGCUUAUCCAACUCUGAAGCAACCAUUAAAUUCCUUAAUCAAUCUUAGCAUUGAUUAAAACGUAAUCAACCUCACUGAUGGGUGGCGGAUCUAGAAAUUUUGUCAACAAAGAAGGGAGCUUGAUAUCUUGGUAACCAACCUCUCCAGUAACCUUCCACUAACCUUGAAGGCUCAAGGUCUCUCCUAAGGUCUCUCCUAAGGUCAAAGCCCCACAACGAGCCAAAUGGGCCGCCACCAUUCUCGACUUAACCCUUACCCCAUUAGCUAAUUAUUUGCCUAUCUUUAGUUUUUCUUUUGCUUGUAUAAGGGUUUAUAUUUAAAAAUUCAUGUCAUCCUACGAAAUCAAAUUCCAAAUUAUUAAAAAAAAAACGGUUAAAUUCCUGCUGAACUAAACUUGCAAACUUGAAUUAUCACUCUAUAAUAUAUCCAAUCAUAUUUUAUAUUUCAAAUAUCUCUUAUCCAAGGUCAGAUAAAUGAAAUGGGUGUUAACUACUUUUCUGGUCCAAUUUGAGCUUGAAUUCCCUUUCAAUCCAAGCUGUGACAAAAAACAGGAACCAACGCCAAUGAAGAGUAUUUAAUACAUCACUGCCUUCUGGUAUUAUUGAAAGAAUGAAUGUCUAUGAUUGAAAUUCUGGGUUGAGUUGGGUUUGAUAUUUAAAGAGCAAUAAAUGGAUGUAAUAAAUGAGAAGGUUUAAACAUGGAGGUAGAUGAAUCAGGUCAGAGUUACAAUUACCAAACUGCUGCCACUUUUGCAAAGUAUUUCCAGCAUCUGAAGAAGACAGUUUUUCACAAAAGUUCCUUACCAAAUAAAUAAAAUUGUUAAAAGAGUUCAUCUUCCACUUUUUCUGACUAUUUGUCUUCUAAUCCAGACAAUUGUGCAAAGGCCAAGAAAUGGCACCCAAUACCAAGAUGGACAUCAAAUGGAGUGGCAACAAAAUGGUGGAAGGUGGUGAAGUUUCUAAAACAAUGGAGUGCCUAAGAAGGAGAUUACUAGCAGAGAGGCACGCAUCAUUACUUGCUAAAGAUGAGGCAGAGCUCAUGGACAAAAGGUCAUCAGAAUUAGAGAAGCAGAUCACAAAACAGAUUCAAAUGAAAGCAAGAGCAGAAAAGAAGCUUCAAUUACUCAAGAAAAAGCUCGAAUCACUUAACCUUUCUUCCACGAUGGUGAACUCAGAGGCUUCAGUUUCGUCGGAAAUUUGCAACGAAAAUGAACCGAAAACCCCAAUCGAAGUUCAGCCUCUCCCAAGCCACUCCAAGGGCAUUAGUGAAAUCUUUCAUUCGGAAGAAGAGAAUCGAAAUGCUCGUGGUUCUACAAGCUCGAACAUCUCUGCUUCUAAAAUUCACUCCGACAAACCUUCAAAAACGAAGAUCGGAAAUUGUGGAAAGGAAAUUGAUUCCGUCGACGAUUCACUUGCAAUCGUUGCCGUGGACUCGCCAGCAAAAUCAGAAACCUUCGAGCAGUUGAAGCCGGUGAUCAGUGAAAGGAUCAUUGAAGUUCUCAAUGAUCUGAAGCGCGCCCGAGAGAGAAUUCAAAGCUCAAUGAAACUUUGUGAUCACAUGAUUGAAGUCAGCCCAAUUUGAACUCAAAUGUGUGUUAAAGAAAGGAAUUAGACUUGGAAAUGGGCCGAUAGAAACACCCAUCAGACUCAGCCCACAUAAGACAAAGCCCAUCAGAUCUUCGUUCAAGUCCCUAUAAUACUUUUUUUAAUAUUUGCAUUUUUCAUAAGUCUCGUUCUCUACUAUUAGUUUAUUGUUUUUAAAAAAAUAUCUAUUAGUCAUUCCUCUACACCUAUAAACUUUAAAAAUAUAUUCA